CUCCAUUUAAACCCCACCAACCCUCUCUUCCAUUCACAGCCCAAAUCUCUCUUAUCUCUUCUUCUUCCUCUUCGACUCCUCUCUCUCUCUGUUCUUUAGCUUCCUCCGCUAGCAACCAUGGUUGCUGUUUCUCGCCCUCCUUCAAACAAUAACGUCUUUCGUUUCAGGUCCUGCAAGCCGGCGACCUUGUACGAGGGAAUCCCUGUGGUCGACCUCUCUGAUCCUGACGCCAAGUACCUCAUAGUGAAGGCCUCCCAGGACCUCGGCUUCUUCAAGAUCGUCAACCAUGGCGUCCCAAUGGAGUUGAUCAACACUCUCGGGAAUGAAGCCCAGACGUUCUUCGGAAAGCCCCAGUCCGACAAAGACAGGGCAGGCCCUCCUGACCCUUUUGGCUAUGGAAGCAAGCGAAUCGGCUGGAACGGAGAUUUCGGUUGGAUUGAAUACCUCCUCCUCAACUUUAACCCUGAUGUCAUCUCCCCCAAUACUCUCUUCGUCUUCAAUCAAUUCCCACAAGCUUUCUGCUCUGCUUUGGAGAAAUAUGUUUCUGCGGUGAGGGAGCUGAGCUACGAGGUGUUGGAGUUAAUGGCGGAUGGAUUGGGAAUUGAGGAAAGGAAUGCAUUCAGCAGGCUGUUGAGAGACGAGAAGAGCGAUUGUUUGUUCAGGCUGAAUCACUAUCCGCCAUGUUCGGAGCUGGAAGCAUUGAGUGGGAAGAAGUUGAUAGGGUUCGGAGAACACACGGACCCACAGUUAAUUUCUGUGCUGAGAUCCAAUAACACGUCGGGCCUGCAAAUUUGCCUCAGAGAUGGGACUUGGGUCUCGGUCCCAUCGGAUCACACCUCGUUUUUCAUCAAUGUUGGUGAUAUCCUGGAGGUUAUGACGAACGGGAGGUUCAAGAGCGUGAAGCACAGGGUUCUGGCCGACCCAAGCAGGUCAAGGCUUUCAAUGAUAUACUUUGGAGGACCACCUUUGAGCGGAAAGAUAGGACCUUUAGCUUCAGUGAUGGGGAAGGAAGAAGAGAAGCUGUACAAAGAGUUCACAUGGUGUGAAUACAAGAAGGCUUUGUACAAGUCAAGGCUUGGAGAUAAUAGGCUGGCCCCCUUCCAGAAAGCCGCUGGCCAAUGAGAUAUUAUAUAUAUGAAUAUUCCAUCAAUGAAAGGGUCAAAAUAUAUAAUUUCCAGCUGCUUUAUCAUAUAUGUUUUAGGUCUUUGUUUUUUUCUUUUCAUAUGGGAAAAUAGGGUUCAGAGAGUUGACUCGAUUUGACAUAUUAGUGAAAAGAACAAGGUGCUUGUUUAAUAGUGUUUUGGAUCCAAGAGGGUGUAAGUUUGGUUUUUUUUUUUUUUUUUUUUUUUUUGGGCAGGUAACAACCAGUGUCGAUGGAUGUAAUGUUUUAUGGAGCCCAGCUUAUGUAAUAGUGUAUAUUGUUUGAAUAUCUAAUAGAUUACUUAAUGACUCGAGGAUUGACUUA